AUGAAGCACUCAUGCCAGCUCUGUCUCACACAGGGGAGGCAGCGGAGAAAACGGGAGAGACCGCUGCAGCUCAGCCUGUAUGUGCGGUGGUACUCUCCUAGCGGCAAAACGAAGGUCAACAGGCUGCUGCUGCGACCUGUCACCUGUGUAGAAGCCCUUGAGGGCAUCUCCAAGAACCUGGUGUCGCGCGCAUUUCCAGAAUCAGAGCGCCCGGACUACCUGACCUCGGAGGAGUUCCUGAAGUUCACGCCCACGGACGACUUCAUGUCACUGCCGGGCGAGAUCCUGCGCACGGAGUUCCGCCUGGUUGUCACGCACAAGGCCUGGGAGUACACCGUGCUGGAGAGGGAGCUAGGCGCGCACCGAGACCCCCUGCGCAAGAUGCUCGUCACGGUGAUUGAGUUUGAGAGCAAUGCCAUGAUGGUCGGCCAUCUGGGGCUGCGGGUCUCCCUCAUAGCCUACCCUGUAGUGUCUGUAAAGAAGUCCUUCCUGGAGGGCAUAGAGAAGGAGCUGCGGACAAACCCUGACUUCAAGGGAAAGCUUUGA